GGCUACGCCCCCUUGCUGUCAGUCCGCGGUCGGCGAUCGAGGCGCUGAUUGGCUGAUUGGUCGCCGGGUGAAGCUGUUGCCAUGUCGCUGACCUUCCUGCCGCGGAUCGAGCAGUUAUCCGCCCGGGUGAUCCGGUUGUUGGGCUGUAACCCGGGGCCUAUGACCCUUCAGGGCACUAACACCUACCUGGUGGGCACCGGCCGCAGGCGAAUACUUAUAGACACUGGAGAGCCUGCAAUACCAGAAUACAUCAGCUGUUUGAAACAAGCACUGUCUGAAUUUAAUACAUCAAUCCAAGAAAUUGUAGUGACUCAUUGGCAUCAUGACCACACAGGGGGGAUAAGUGAUAUCUGUAGAGAUGUUAUUGCAGGUUCAAAUUUCUGUGUUAGUAAACUUCCCCGCCAUCCUCCCCGACAAGAAGUUAUAGGAGAAGGAGAGCAAAAGUACAAAUACCUUAAAGAUGGAGAUAUGAUACUUACUGAAGGUGCAACUCUCAGAGUUCUCUACACACCUGGACAUACUGAUGAUCAUAUGGCACUGGAAUUAUUAGAAGAGAAUGCUAUAUUCUCAGGGGACUGCAUCCUAGGAGAAGGGACAGCAGUGUUUGAAGAACUAUAUGAUUACAUGAAGUCUUUACAAACGUUGCUGGAUGUCAAGGCAGACAAAAUUUAUCCAGGUCACGGUCCCGUAGUUCAAGAGGCAAGAAUUAAAAUUCAGGCAUACAUUUCGCAUCGAUUGGCUCGUGAACAGCAGAUCCUUCAGGUUUUGCGAGAGAAUACUGGGAACUCUCUGACUUCAAUAGAACUUGUUAAAAUUGUAUACAGGGAUACCCCAGAACAUUUACAUCCAGCUGCAGAGCUGAACCUUGUUCACCAUUUAAAGAAAUUAAAGAAGGAAGGAAAAAUAUUGGAAGAACAUUCACCCGUUAGAUGGAAAAGCAAUUUGUAAACAGGAAGUUUGAUAACAGCAUUAAUUGUCCACAUGGAAAACAUGGGAGAGAUAUGCAGUACCAUGAACAUGGUUUCCAGUUUGUUUUGUUUUUUUAAUUGUUAAUGCCUUAAAAUAACAUUUAUAAAUGUCCAAGUCCUCUGGUAGGCUGUACCAUGAACAUGGUUCCAGAUUUUCUAAUUAUUAAUGCCUUAAUAUUAAAAUAAUAAAUGCCAACGUA